AGUACGUAUACUAAGAUGUGGCGCUGCUUCAUAGUGCUUAUGUGUAUAUAUAUAUUUUCUCAUGUAGUCAUCUUUACAACCGAGGAUACCGUGUUUUCACAGCUGACCUGUCAGACAGUCAGUCCACUGCAGUCAGCAGAGAGGAAGAGGAAGUGUGUUUGUGUGUGUGUGUGUGUGUGUUUUGUGUUUUAGCUGGAUGCUUACUGAAGCUGCCAACCCGGAUGAACCCGGAUCAGUCCGUGAUCUGUGUUCAUAAGCCACCCCAUGACAAGGAAUGCUCAUCCACCCAUCUAGGACCUGUUUUUUGUGAUCAUAGACAUCCUAAACACAGCAUGAAUCUGAUCUGGGAACAAUAUCUCUGUAAUCAGUCUAGCAGUGCAAUGCUGCUGUGUUCUCACCAGCUGCUGAUGUCCCUCUCUCCUAACAUCUUUCUCCAUUCUCCUCCUGCUGUCUCUUCAGCCUGCACACGCUGCUUGGAGAAAGACUAGUGCUCCUAGUGGGAAGAUGCCCUAUGCAAUAAAAAGUGUCCACAGUUGCAGUUUACCACACCGGACUAGACUUCAUCAGCUCCUCCUCCUGUCCCUGGGCUGUUUGUUCUGCCUCUGCCCUCCUGCUGGGGUGGGGGCCAGCCUGUGCAGGGUGUCUGGUGGAGUGUUGGGGAUCUCCUGUGGUGGUGUAAUUGGUCUGGGCUGGCGGCCGCUGGCUGUGGACCGUGGUGGAGCGAAUUGCUGGGAGUCGUGCUGCCUGGAGCCCUCCUGCAGUGCAGUGUGGAGCCUGGGGGGAUACUGCGUGUUGCUGAGAUGCUCCCUGCCCAGCGGCUGCUCCAUCUCCUCACUGCCUCAGCCUCACGUCCAGUCUCUGGGCCUUCUGCAGCUGCUCAGCAAGAACACACCUCAGAAGUCGAGGAACCCUCGACAGGCGCUGAUUGCAGAGCUCAAACCCAGCACUGAACAGGACAUGAAUUCAGGACAAUCCUUCAAUCAGACAUCUCCAGCAACAGCUGUGACUGGGUUGGCCCUUCCCGUGACAGCUAAUAAAACACUCAAUGAGCCCACCAAUGGCAGCAGAGAGGAGGCAGUCCCAUCAGCUUCUUCACAGAAUUCCACAUCUCCAGAGGACACUGUGGAUCAUUCAGCUUCCAACAGCACUGCUGAGUCACCAACCGUCACACCUCAGUCUUAUACUUCCACCCCAGCAACCCCGGCUGUAAAGGAGCUCAUUGUAUCCGCCGGUGAGAAUGUGGAGGUCACUCUUCCACGCAAUGAGGUGGAGCUGAAUGCUUUUGUUGUGCCAGCACCACCUUUAGGUACUGCCUAUGUCUUUGACUGGAGUUUGAAGACCCACCCCAAAGACUACAGUGGAGAAAUGGAAGGGAAACAUAGCAAAACACUCAAACUAAGCAAGCUGACUGUGGGGCUGUACGAGUUUGAGGUGAUAGUGGAUGGUGAUGGUGCUCAUGGAGAAGGCUUUGUCAACGUUACAGUGAAACCAGAACCAAGAGUGAAUAAGCCACCUGUUGCUGUGGUAUCACCAAAAUCCCAGGAGAUAUCCUUGCCAAUAAGCUCCACUGUGAUUGAUGGCAGCCAGAGCACUGAUGAUGAUAAGAUAGUGGCGUGGCACUGGGAAGAGGUGAAAGGCCCUCUUAGGGAGGAAAAGGUCUCAGCAGAUACAGCAGUUCUCACCCUUACCAGUCUUGUUCCAGGCAACUACACCUUUAGCCUCACAGUGACAGACUCUGAUGGGGCUCAGAGCUCAACCCAGGCCAUGCUGUCGGUCAACAAGGCUAUGGAUUACAGACCUGUAGCCAACGCUGGAGCAAAUCAGGUCAUCACACUGCCACGCAACUCUGUUACUCUUUAUGGCAACCAGAGCACAGACGACCAUGAACCUCUGGCUUAUGAAUGGUCACUCAGCCCAGAGAGCAAGGGCAAGGUGGUGGAGAUGCAGGGAGUCCGGACCCCCACUCUUCAGCUGUCUGCUAUGCAGGAGGGGGACUACACCUUCCAACUCACAGUUACAGAUUCCUCUGGACAGCAAGACACAGCUCAGGUCACUGUAAUUGUGCAACCAGAGAAUAACAAGCCCCCUGUAGCAGAUGCUGGACCAGACAAGGAGCUGACGCUUCCAGUGGAUCACACCACCCUUGAUGGCAGCAAGAGCACUGAUGAUCAGAAAAUAGCCACCUACCACUGGGAACAGACCAAGGGCCCAGAGGGUGUGAAGAUUGAGAAUGCAGACAGUGCUGUGGCCACAGUGACGGGGCUUCAGGAUGGGACUUAUAUAUUCAUGCUGACGGUGACUGAUGAGAGGAACCUGCAUAGUUCUGACACGGUCACUGUGACUGCUCGUGAGGAGGUUGACCAGCCACCUGUAGCCAGAGUGCAGUCCAGCCCCUCAAUCACGUUACCUGUUCGCACAGCAGUCCUGGAUGGAUCCCGUUCGUCUGAUGAUAAGGGAAGCAUCAGUUAUGUCUGGACUCGGGAUGGAAGUAGCCCAGCAGCUGGGGAUGUCCUGAAUAACUCUGACCACCAGGCAGUGCUCUUCCUCGGCAACUUGGUGGAGGGGAAGUACACCUUCACUCUUACUGUGACCGACAGCAAGGGCCAGAGCCACGCAGACACAGGCACUGUAGAGGUCCGCCCGGAUAUAUGGGAGCGGGACCUGGUGGAGCUGGUCCUGGAGGUGACUGUGUCUCAGGUGUCCCACAGGCAACGGGACAUGCUGCUCAGACAGGUUGGCGUCCUGCUGGGGGUACUGGACAGUGACAUCAUUGUGCGGGAAAUCGGCGCAUUUAACGAGCACAGCACUCGUUUAGUAUUUCUGGUGUCUGGAGGACCCGGAAGGCCGCCUCUCUCUGGUCACGGUGUUGCCACUAGCCUGCGAAAUAAACUGCACAAGUCGAAAAAUGAGUUCUUCAUCUUCAAAGCCCAGCGGGUGGACACAGUCAUCUGCCAGCUAAACUGCUCUGGCCAUGGAGAGUGUGACUCUUUUACCCGUCGCUGUGUGUGUCACCCGUUCUGGAUGGAGAACUUCAUACGAACACAGCUGCAGGAUGCAGAGAGCAACUGUGAAUGGAGUGUUUUAUACGUGACAAUAGCAUCCUUCAUGAUAGUGGUAGCAAUAGCAGCUGUGAUCUGGGGGAUGGUCUGCUGUUGUAACAGACGCAAAGGAAAAGUCAGACGUAAAAGUCGUUAUAAAAUGCUUGACGGAGACGACCAGGAUAUCAUGGAAUUGCACCCACCUAGAGCAGGCCGAUUGAAGCCAGGCCCUGCUCCCACUUCCUCUGCUCUCAUGCACUCAGACUCAGACCUGGACAGUGACGAUGGCCAGGCAGGUGUCCCCUGGACUGACAGAGAGCGGGGCCACCUCCUGAAACCUCAAAAUGGGUCCCUGCGUAAUGGCCAGGGGCCACACAAAGCCAAAAAAACGAGAGAGGUGCAGGAGCUGCUAUAGCGACAUGGACCAACCACUUCAAAGUAUUUUACAUGGACCUCUCACUCCCUCACGCUGGCAUGUCACUUAGGAGACUUUGAGUUGUGUUUAUGGGGAGAUUGUUUUUUAUGACUGAAGGCUGUGUUCUCCCGUUGCCAGCUCACACUGAAUCUCAGCCCAACCUGAGCCAGAGACUAGUUUAAUGCAGUAACUAUGCUGCUGUUUCUUUCCUGUUCGAAAAAAAGAGUUACAAAAAGCCAUGUGUCCCCAGAGUCAUUAAGAAUGUAUUAGAUAUAAUGAAGGAGUCAUGAAAGAUGUGAAUUUGGGGAUUGGCUGCUUUUACCCACGUCAACUUGAGCAUAACCAAGUAAGCUGCCUCUCUAGGAGAGAUGACCCACCUAAUGACAUGUCACAAACUAGAGGACAGGUGAGCCAGUCACAUUACCCAUGACCCAUUACCUUGUUUUUUAUAAACUGGUGAUCUGUCCCUUCUAAUCACUGCCUUGAACACCUCCAAAGUAAACAGCUUUCUUACACUUAAUAGUGGCAAUAGUGCAGCGUUGCAGUACUGUAGUGUACUCAGCGCUGCACCCAUCUCCUCCGCCAAGUGGUAUGACUGCAUGUAUGACUGAGCUGUGCUAGAUUUAUUUUAUUGAGAAUAAUGCAUGUUUUAUCAGGGUGUGUGUUUGUGAGUGUGUCUGUAUGGCCUUUUUGGCAAUGUGCGUGUAUCAGACCUAUGGUUGUCAACUUAUUUGCUACUCAAAUCACCAGCAAACAACAGUGAAGUGUGCAAGUGCUUGGCUUUGUUUGUGAAGGUUCGGAGGAGCAGUUGAAGGAUAUGAGUUGAAGGGAUAUUGGUGUUCUUCGAUGGCUUGUCUCACACUGGAAAAGACUGAAUGGACGUAACACUGGACCUCACCUCUCUUUGGCCCCAGCAAAGCUCCUGAAGAGUAGACGCAACAGAAAAUAUAAAGCUGAGCUUGGCACGCACCUCAAGACACGGACUGCUUGAACCUUGAUGACCACUUUAUGUCCUGUCUGAUUUUAAAUUUAACUUUAGCUGGACACUUGAUUCUCUUGCACUUUGUGUUACUCAUGAUAGUUGUCCACUCUCACUGGUUGAUAUAAAUGCUGAUGCUCAUUAGUCAGUUGAAGAAUGCCUUUGAUAAAGGCUUUUGUGAUAAUGUGUUUGAUAGACACUCUUUUUCCAUUGUUCCUCUUAUUAGUGAUGAAUGGGCAUAUAAUACAGGAAGACUACUGGAAUUGAAUGUGCGCACAUUGGGGUGUUGUAGGAAGAGCGCUGAGCCCUGUUUUUUUUUUUUUUGUUGUUUGUUUGUUUUUUAAUCCAAGAACAUUUAAUAUGAAUGCCUUCCUCACAAAUGCAUGAAAGGGAAAUGUAAACCCUCCUCUAAACAGAGAGAAAAAAAAUAUGAGAAGUUCCUCAUUUUAUUUUCAAUGUUUUUAAGUGAAGGAUUCCCUGUGUUAUGUGACUCAAUCAGAAACAACUGGAUUAUCUUAAAAUGAAGAUCAAGAAACUUUAAAUCUGUUUAUGUUCUGUUAUUUUGUCCCAAUGAAUCUGCUUUCCAAAUACAUUAUUAGAAACAUC